GUAGUAUCACGAGGGCCCAAGUAUCUUGGUUAUCUACACACCUUGUCCAACAACAGCUGUCUCUCUCUCUCUCUACCGCCUUCUUUUCCAUCGCAUCAUCUUGUAGCCUUCUUCUUCGCAUCUACUAGUAUGUCUAAGACAAAGUCUUUUCCUUAAUCGAACUCCUAAUCUAGUGCAUUACUUAUAUUAAUCUCCGGAACUCUGUAAUUAACUCUUGUUUAUAAUUAGUUCCCGAUAACUUCGGUUUCCAACCGUCGACCUAUUCCCCAACCUCUUCGCCGCCAGCUCCGACGCCGCUGAUACCUCAAUGCUCACUUAUUGUCAUCAACCAUUGUCCUAAACUUCACCAUGGCGAAUUCCGACCGGGAAGGAAGCAUAACACCGCAACCUGGAGCUUCUUCGGGAGUGCACUUAUCAUCCUCUCCAGCUUCCGGCCGCAUGUACGGAACUUCAGCUCCUCGCGCUGAUGUUACCGCUCGCUUGGCUUCUCCCGUAGCUUCCUACGCCUUUGGAACUCCGCCGUCUCAACGGCCACAGGGUGCAAUACGAAGUGAAGACAACGUUGAGAAUGUAGGGCCACUUGCUGGUGCUGGUCAGAGUUCUAUGGGUCCCGGAGUGUCUGCUCUCGCUGCAGCGCUUUCAAAUUCCGUAGGGACAUCACCACCAAGAUUCGGUACUCCACCGAUACGAUCUUCGUCGCCGGCGGGAACAACCUCGGGGCCACAGCCAUCUAUAACCCCAACCAACUACGGCUCCUUCGAGACAAGGUCAAGAAAUUGGCAGGGCGGCGCUUCGGGCGCCUACGAAGACCCCGAGAUUAUUAAGCGGCAUUUGGUACAACCUACCGACGCUACGGAUUCUUCAUCCAACAAUGGUGACAAUUCCAAAGGCAAGCAGGUCAGCGAUGCCGUAGGGCUGGGACGCGACGACAAGGAAGAAUUCUCCAGCCUCAAGUUACAAGGCGGAGACAUAACGCGCCAGAUCUAUAAAUGGACCGAAGACGCAGAAGGCCGUAACCGACAUCAGCGUAGCAAGAGCUUCAGCCAUCCUAGGGACGAGCCCGAGAGUGAAGUUCUCGAUAUAAACACCAUCAAGGUCCCUGGCGGAUUCAGGCGGAACUAUCUGAGGAGAGCGGCGCGUAGCCCGCACCUGGACUCUGAUGGGUUGGAAGCUGGGGAAGGGACGUCGAGGGGUAGGCGAGAUCCUCAGUUACUCACUAGCAGUUUCUUGGAAUUUUUAUCUAUCUAUGGCCACUUCGCAGGCGAAGAGCUCGAAGAGGACGACGAAGUAUUGGGCCCUGGCGAGUACUUCUCUUCUGGAGAAAGUGAUGAAUACUACGAUAGCGAGGAAGAGAGAGAGCCGAUGGAAGACAGUGCCCUACUGACACCGUCUAAACGCAAGAGGAGACGAAGGGUCCGUGGUGGUAGCGGGAAUAAUACCCCCUUUAAUGCGGCCCUACUUCUCCUGAAAUCGUUUGUGGGUACAGGUGUUUUGUUUCUGCCUCGUGCUUACUUCAACGGUGGUAUGCUUUUCAGCAACUUGGUUCUACUCUUCGUUGCGGCGUUGAGCUACUACUGCUUCGUGUUGCUUGUUACUACACGAUUAAAAGUCGAAGGCUCGUUUGGUGAUAUCGGUGGAAUUUUAUAUGGCGAUUGGAUGAGAAAACUUAUAUUGUUUUCGAUCGUCAUCAGCCAAAUCGGAUUUGUCGCUGCGUACAUCGUAUUCACGGCUGAAAAUCUGCAGGCCGUCAUUCUUGCCGUAUCCGACUGCAACACGCACAUUCGAAUUACCUGGUUGAUCCUAACGCAGAUGAUUAUCUUUUUGCCGUUCUCUCUGUUCCGAGAUAUCGGGAAGCUUGGUUUCACGGCUCUAAUAGCGGAUGCUUUUAUUGUCAUCGGCCUUGCGUAUCUUUUCUACUAUGACGUCCUUACCUUAAGUACUCACGGCAUCGCGGAUAUCAUUCAGUUUAACCAAAAGCAUUGGACACUCUUCAUCGGCACCGCCAUCUUCACUUUCGAGGGGAUCGGCCUCAUCAUCCCCAUUCAGGAGUCUAUGAGGUCGCCGUCUAAAUUCCCCAAGGUCAUGUUCUACGUUAUGAUAAUCAUUUCCGUCCUUUUUAUUACCAUGGGUGCGGUGUCUUACGCCGCGUACGGAUCGAAAACGGAGACUGUUGUUCUUCUCAAUCUACCCCAGGACAACAAGCUCGUCAACGGUGUCCAGUUUUUAUACUCGCUCGCUAUUCUUUUAUCAACACCGCUGCAGAUUUUCCCAGCUAUUCGUAUCACGGAGAACGCUCUUUUCACGAAAAGCGGCAAGUACAACCCGUACAUCAAGUGGCAGAAGAAUAUGUUCCGUUUCUUGGUUGUCUUCCUCUGCGCAGUUAUUGCAUGGGGAGGUGCGGACGAUCUGGACAAAUUUGUUGCUCUCGUCGGAAACUUCGCCUGCAUCCCUCUCGUGUAUAUCUACCCUCCGUUGCUUCAUUAUAAGGGGGUAGCGAGAAGCAGGGCGCGGAAGGUAACCGAUAUCCUCCUCUGCAUUUUCGGAUUCAUAGCGAUGGCAUAUACCACCAGCUUGACGGUGAUUAGCUGGGCCAGCGGCCCUUCCGGCCCAACCCUACCGAAGUACUGCGACCCUAAUAAGCUAUAAUACCAUAAGAGGGUGUUUGAAAGGAGGAAUAGCUGUGUAUAUUAUUUUGCAUUGGCAGCGUUGGGAGAUUGACGCGACAGAGUUAGAAAUAUUUUAUCCUCGUAAGAGAUGAGUUUUUGGUCUACGUGGAAAUAGAACUUGCAUGGCUUUUUAGCAUAGGUACCUUACCCAUUUAAUAUUUGGGAUUGCUUUGUUUUACCUCUAGGUUGUUACGCGUGUGUUGGCUGGGUAUCUACCUACCUACAUAUGUGUAGGGUUAGAUUUCUAAGAAUAAGGUGUAGUUAUUGUUCUACUUGAAGAUGUUGGUAUUCAUACUCUUGAAUAUAGAAUAUAAUAACGUCUAUUAGAAGAAUAAGAAUCAUAGUAUAUUAUAACUUUAA